UGAGACAUAAUGUUUCAAAAAGAGGUAACAGAGCAAAAUAAAGAUGGCGUCCGAUCCUCCGGAGGUUGAAGCGUUGAUGUCGGAUAGCGAUGAUGAGUUACCCGUUGGAUGGGAAAUGAGAGUUACUGAGGACGGCAAAGUCUAUUAUGUGGACCACAAUUCAAAAACUACUCAGUGGCAGCAUCCAAAGAAUAGCAGGCGAAAGUUUCUUAGGGAAGAGUUACCAUUUGGCUGGAGUAUUGGGAAAGAUGAAGAAGGAAAAGUGAUAUAUAUGGAUGUUGUCAACAAACGAACAACAUAUGUUGACCCAAGGCUUGCCCUAUCAAUAAGUGACAAAAAGAAAGGGAAAUGGAAGUUUGAUUCCUCAAGUACUGCAAUGGAAGUUUUGAGAGGUCAGGAUCUUUCUAACAAGACUGCAAUUAUAACUGGUGCAAACUCUGGUAUUGGAUUUGAAACAGCCAAAGCUUUGUCCUUGCAUGGAUGUCACAUUGUGAUGGCUUGCCGAGAUGUGGGUAAAGGUGAAAAGGCUGCUGAAAGUAUCAGGAAAGUGCAGGUGAUCAGUGUGCCUAUCCAUGUAAUGCAAUUAGACCUUUCUUCACUUGAAAGUAUCAGGAAAUUCACUGAGGAGUACAAAUCAAAAAACUGGCUUUUGCACAUUUUGAUUUGCAAUGCUGGUGUUUUUGGUCUACCUUAUCAGGAAUCAGACGAUGGCAUUGAAAUGCAUUUUGCUACCAACCACCUCGGGCACUUUUAUCUCACACAAUUACUGACAGAUGUUCUACGCAAAUCAGCUCCUUCAAGAGUUGUUGUGGUAUCUUCAGAAUCUCACAGAUACCCUGACUUGUAUUCAACAUCUAUGGACCUUUCACAGAUACCAAUUCACAAAGAUAAAUACUGGUCAAUAUUGGCAUACAAUCAAUCAAAACUCUGCAAUGUGAUAUUCUCCAAUGAACUAAACAGACGCCUUUCAGGGCAUGAUGUGGUGUGCAAUGCAGUCCACCCUGGCAAUUUUGUGUACACAAACAUCAAAAGAAAUUCUUUUCUGAGGACGCUUCUCUUUUUAAUAGCACGCCCUUUCACCAAAUCAAAGGCUCAAGCAGCAGCAACAACAAUUUAUUGUGCAACAGCACCAGAGAUGGAAAGUGUAGGUGGUCACUACUUCAGCAAUUGUUUAGCAGUUGACCCUUGCGACCAAGCCAAGGACCCUGACAUUGGCAAAAAGUUAUGGGAAAUCAGUGAACGGUUGAUCAAAAAAGAGUAUACCUUCAGUGACCUUGUUGGUAAAACUUACUAGAAUUAGAAUUUGCAAUCAAAGUUAAAAAUGAGGAAAACCAAAAAUAUACUUGCUAAGCAUUAUGGGUCUUUUGAUAUGAUCAAAAGGACCUUAACUCAUAACUCUUAACACUGGUUGCAUAAACCUUACGAGAACUCAAGUUCAAGAUUGUCAUCCAAGUCAUGUCAAUUGAACAGUUGGGCUGUUUCAGAUGAAAGAAUUGAAGAUUUUGCUUCAUACAUAAUUAAAUUUCCAAUCAAAAACAACUCUGGUACAACAUAUUUUCUAAAGGCUCUGGUUAGGAUUUCAAAACCAAAUAUGCAUCUAGUAGACUAAUUUUAAUACGUAAUCUUGACAUUAAAAUACAAACGAAGAGAAUCUACAGAUCUAUAAUUAUAAUUGAUUGAUUUUAAUAUAAGAAGUAUUACGGUGUCUUUUGCUACCCAAAGAAAUAGCAUUUUAAUUAGGUUUAUGGACCUCAGCUAACUUAUUAUCUGAAACACAGGUAAUGUUCAAUUGAUAACAAAAAGAACUUUUGUACAUUAGAAAUGAAGGGUUACUUUUAAAGAAUUUUAAAGCCUAGGAAUAUUUUUAAAAACAAUCUCUUUGUGGUACAGGAAUUAAAAAUGGCUUUGAAAAAUGUUUGCUUUUUCCAAAGCCAUUUUGAGUAUUUUCAUGUUUCCUUUAAUCAAAGAAAGUUUUUAUCAAAAUCACAACAACUGCUCUGGCCUUACUUCAUUAUCUUAGAAUAUCAAACAGCACUAAAUGUGAAGUGAAAAACAGAACUUUUGAUACUAUCAUUCCAAUGCGAAUAUCAUUCAAGAUAAAUGGCAAAACACAAGUAUUUGUUUGGUAAACUAAUAAAUAAAAAUCUAGCAAAGGAACUGUUCUAGAAGGCUCUAGUAACUAUUUCAUUUAGGUAUUUUUUAAAGAAAGGCUUGUAUGGUGCAACAUAUCUAACAUUAAGAAUUAAAACAUCAUUAGUAGCAACAUAUUUUUCACAUUGAAUUUAAAAAACAAAGCUUCUGUGUAUUUUAUUUGUCCCCGUUCUCAAAAAGUAUUAAGCGAAAAAUAUCACAUAAAAAGAAAUAGUUGCCUAAAGUUAGUGGUGGUGCCUAGAGCUUUUGUUUUGGACUUAAACAAUCAGUUGUUAUCUUUGACAGUACAUUAUUGAAACAAAUCACAGUAACAAGUAUAAAGUAGUUUUUAUAACUAAAGCCUAUUAUAGUACAAGUUUACAUGUAUGUGUGAUGAAAGAGUGGUGAUCUCAUCACUACAUUUGCUAAAAUAUCAGCUUAGUUGUUCAACUAGGGCCUUGUUGCAAAGAUCUACUGGAGC